GAAUGAAUAACUAGAUGUGGAAUAAUUAUAUAUGUGCACAGAAUAUGUCCUCUUUAUUUAAUCUCAGUUUAUUUAACACGCAACAUACAGUAUAAUCUAAAAUACAGAUGAGAUGAACUGAACUAAAGAUCUUGAGCGGGAAACUGUCGCCGCUUGUUUGAAAACACGAGCCGCACAGUCAUUGGUCAACUGUCACACGUAGACGUCACUAUCAGCCAAUCACAAGCCUCUGAACCCUCCCCCCACUGAACUCAUGGUCACACAAGGCUUUAAAGAGCAGCAGCAGCAGAACAUUCAGUUACAUUUUCUGUGAAGAACGGAGAAGAAACGUUGAAGUCAUGGCAAGAACUAAACAGACCGCUCGUAAAUCCACCGGUGGAAAAGCCCCGAGGAAGCAGCUCGCUACUAAAGCCGCCCGUAAGAGCGCUCCAGCCACCGGUGGAGUCAAGAAGCCUCAUCGUUACAGGCCCGGUACCGUGGCUCUGAGAGAGAUCCGCCGUUAUCAGAAGUCCACUGAGCUGCUGAUUCGCAAACUGCCUUUCCAGCGUCUGGUGAGAGAAAUCGCUCAGGAUUUCAAGACGGAUCUGCGCUUCCAGAGUUCCGCUGUCAUGGCCCUGCAGGAGUCCAGCGAGGCUUAUUUGGUCGGUCUGUUUGAGGACACCAACUUGUGUGCCAUCCACGCCAAGAGGGUCACCAUCAUGCCCAAAGACAUUCAGCUGGCCCGCCGGAUUCGAGGAGAACGCGCUUAAAUCCACAGUGACGUCAUCCACAUCAACCCCAAAGGCUCUUUUAAGAGCCACUUCAA